AUGACCCCUUCAAAGUCCGCAGAGAGCCACACGACGACCGGAAAUCCGACCACCAUGUGGAGCGUCCACGUGUUUGCGUCGUAUGCGUUGGUGAAGGAUAUCGACAAGGACAAGGAUGAUAUCGACGACAGCGAAUCGUACUUUAUUACCACCAACGAUGUUGGCGAGAAAAUGGUCACCGAAUGGAACCCUGAACUGCGCCUGGGGAUCAAGAAGGCGAUAGACACGAUUCCACACGUCUACCGUCAGGAAUGGCAUUACGUGGGCCUGGACGCAAUCGACCGCGUCAUCAAACGAAUCGAGGCCAAAGAGAGCGAUCACGACCUCCACGGACGACCACUGGACCCCUCCAAGUUCCCAGACCUCGCCGGCAAAAACGUCCUCAUCAAACCCGUGGUGUUGAAUUUCAUUGACGGGAUGGAGACGGAUGGGUGGCCGGGGAUUACGGUUAUUAAGAAACUUGAGAGUCGACAUAUUGCGUUUACAGGAGCCGAUUCGACGUUAUAUUACCUGGAUAGUGAUAAGGCGUUGAUUAAGCGGCACCUGGUGGAUUCCAAGACGCCGACGCCGGGGUAUUGUGAUAUCUAUUCGCGGUUGGAUGAGGAGAUGGAGGCUUUGAAGGCCAAGGUAGAAGAGGAUGCCAACAUGGCUGAAGAAGAAGGAGAGUUGAAGAGGGAAAUGUCGAAAGAGGAAUUGGAGGAGGAUCGGGAGGAGGAAGAGAUGGUCCAGAAGGCGGUCUUGUUUGAGAAGCUUUCGAAACUUAAAUUCCCUCUGUUGGUCAAGCCAGCCAAUUCGAGUUCCAGUCGCGGGAUCUCGACAAAGUCUGUGGUCGAUACGCCUAAAGAAGCUUAUGAGCGCGCAAUGGAGACCAAACAGAUCUGGGGACCCGUAUACGUCGAGGAAUACAUCACCGGCCGGGAGUACACAGCGCUGGUAUCAGGAUCGAGCGCGACAGGAAUCAAGGUCUUCAAGGUCCUUGAACGCGUCUUCCGGUCCGAGAUCCCUGAACGCGAGCGCAUGCUGACCCACGACAUGAAAUGGGGCGAGAACAGCUACGGAUCCGACGAGACCGUCAAGACGGCCCAAUGGUGGAUGCAAAUCUGUUCUGAUGCCGAUCAGGAACGGCUCCAGGAAAUAGCUAAAUCUAUUUAUGCCAGCUUUGGAGGAAAUGGCUACUGUCGGAUGGAUUUGAGGGAGGACCAUCGGUCGGGCCAAGUCUAUGUCGUCGACGUCAACGCCAACGGCUCGAUCGACGAGGAUGAAGACAGUGCAAUGGGAAAAAUCCUAAAGGCAUCAAGGUUGACAUUGGGCCAGUUCUUCUCGAUCUUAAUGGAGGACGCGAUCCAUGUGCGCGACAACUUAGUGGCAAAGCUUAAAGGCCACGCCCACUCUGAACUCAAAAACCUCGCCGUCUUGGCUGCCACCGGGGGAACAAAGCGUCCCAACGCCGCCAUUGCUGUCGAAGACGUUGUCGCUCACAAGAACAUCCGCGUCUCUGCAUAA